AUGACGGUCAGAGAAGCAGAACGAAGAGCAGCAGUGGCACAAGAAAAUCAAGCCAUCGCACGACAGCUUACGCGACCCUGGAAAGCUGGCGAUGUGUAUGCACCUCACGACCUGAGUGCAGCAGAAGCUCGCAAGUGGAGGGUCAAACACCGACCCACGACCGACGCUUUUGACGCACUAUCUGUCAACCCUCUUACCUUGUAUAAAAACUUCUCCGUGAUGUCAGAGUAUGUGACCGAGAUGGGCCGGAUCCGACAUUCGAACUCAACCGGACUGCGACCAGUCAACCAACGAAAAAUUGCGAAAGCCAUUCGGAGGGCGAUAGCAUUGGGUCUCAUGCCGAGUAUCCACAAACAUCCUGAAAUCAUCAAGGAAGAGAUGCAGGGCAGAAUGCUCAACACUGGGCGAGUGAGGUGA